AAGAUGUUCCGGCUUCGGGGAAUUCUGUGUCAAGGCUUUUUGACGUUUCAAGGUUGUCUGAACUCCGGACGACGUUUGCUGUUUCCAAAGAGGCUUUCCGCUUCGAUAAUUUGCUUAAACCUCCCGCACUUUAUCGAGGUUGAUGCCUUGGAUUGCGUUUAAUUCUUGACUACUUAAUCUGCAGCAUCCCUUCCUUAAAGAUAUUAUCGAUACUAAUUUGGUCGACUGGAUAUUUGUAUAAUUGCCCCGGCGGCUAGAGCAUUCAUUAUUUUAUACAAACAGCUAUUUUCUAGCGACACGCUCUUUCACAACUCUACAUUCUUUUGUAUAUUAUAGCUAUUAUGCGUUUUUCGCUAUUCUUGGGGCUUGCCUCCGUAGCGGUAGCUGUUGAUCCCUUGGGUAUGUGUGGAAUUUUAUCCUCCUAGUAUAGUGCUAAUCGCAUCCAGUGGACCUGGGAUAUGCCAAAUAUCAAGGUCAAACUUUACAAAAUGGAGUCAAUCAAUGGUUGAGCAUGCGAUUUGCAGCACCUGUAAUUGGCAAAAAUCGAUUUGCAGCCCCUCAGGCCCCUCUCCCAGAGACCGUGGUUCAAGACUCGACUAAGGUCAGUCAAUCGAGAUUCAUGGCCAAUCUAAGAUUAUUUGGCUAACAAUCAACAGGAAGGAGCUCUCUGUGUCUCGGCAAACAACCAGGAAGGAUUACAAUUUGGGUCGGCAAGGCAACCGAUGGCUGAAGAUUGUUUAUUUGUUGCAGUCUACUCGCCUAAGAAUGCGACAGAGACCUCAAAUCUGCCCAUCAUGUUUUUCAUUUCAGGUGGUGGUUUCAAUUCCAAUUCCAAUGGAAAUUUCAACGGCACUGGCUUAGUUGAAGCUUCUGGAGGAAACAUGAUUGUCGUGCGAGCCAAUUAUCGAGUUGGAAUGCUAGGAUUCGUCUCUGGAACAUUAAUUGAGAAUGACAAGAACGGUGCAGUGUCGAACAACGGUAUGAACGAUAGUAAGUUGGCUCCACAAAUCGCACCACUACAACAGCUAACUUCAAGCAGUUGUUGCUGCGCUGAAAUGGACACAGCAAUUUGCAACCAAGGUAAUAUUCUGAUUCAUCGUUUGCUGGUUUGGACUAACCUUUUCCCACGUAGUUUGGUGGAGAUCCAAAACACAUAGUAGUCACUGGUGUCAGUGCAGGUGGAAACGCAAUCGAUCUCCUAGUUACUGCAAACAACGGAACUGGCUUCCCCGGUCUUUUCGUAGGUGCUAUAUCAGAAAGUACCGGAUGGGGAAGUAUGCCCAACGUUAUUACUCGUGAUGCCGAUCUCCAAAAAAACAUCAACUCAACAGGCUGCUUGAAUGACCCAGACCCAAUAAACUGCAUGCGACUGUUGCCAAUUGCUGAUUUCCAAAACAAGACAUUAAAGAAUGGAUGGGGACCAACUGUUGAUGGAAAAUUGUUUACGGCCCCACAAUAUCAAUUGAUGGAGCAAGGGAAAUUUAUGAAGAUUCCUAUCAUUUAUGGAUGUAAGCAGAUCCUCAGACUUGCCCGUGUACAAUGCUCACAAUCACAGGGACCAGUAACGAAGGCACCCCAGAUUUCAUCUCAAAUCAAUCUGCAACGACAGACGAAGACUUAAUUAGGAAGUUCAAGAACAAUGUUCCAAUUGCAACCGACGCCGACCUACAGAAGCUUCUUCAGCUUUAUCCCGACUCUCUUAACCAGAAGGACUUUUUCGGCCGUGAUGUUUCCGUCAAAAAUGCAACUCUUCGUAAGGGAAGUGGCAUUAAAUGGCAACAAGAUGCCACUAUCACUACCGAAUUGAAACUUGCUUGUGUCGCCGGAUUCUUCUCCGAUAUGCACUCCCUACACGGAAACACAGAAAGUUACCAUUAUCGCUACAACGUUCUUGACAGUACACCAGGUGGGCUCGCAGAUCAAGGACUCUUCACUCCGCAUGUCAACGAAAUUUACGCAGUCUUCGGCAAAAACAACACCGACGGAGGAGAUCCAAAAUGUCUCGAUAUCCCCUUUGCUCAAGGCGGCUGUCUUGAGGGGGCAAAGAUCACUCAAAGCUAUUGGAUGUCGUUCGUCCGAUCAUUAGAUCCUAACAAGUUCAGAGAUGCCUCUGCACCCGUUUGGGAGAAAUGGACCAUGGCUACGCCAGUACGGGUGUUGCUUGAUACUUCCAAUGCAACAAUGGAAACGACUGGGGCAGGUGUUGGAGAAAUUAUAAUUGCGGAUCAGAACCAGAGGCAGAGAUGUAACAAGUUCAUGCUGCCGUUCUCUAAAUCGAUCAAUAUCGGUAUGAGUGCUGGAGAAAAGUUGCCACCAUUUGCUAAUGGUACGCUACCUGAUCCAAAUGCCUGAUCAGGCGCUGCUCAAUUUCUUUAGCAUUAGUUAUUAAUGCCAUAUAUUGAAUUCCUUGAUGAAUACUGUCUGGGACAAGUUGAGUGACGUUCGAGGGGCAUAAGCUACCAAUGAGGAGAAAGUUGCUGUGACAACCUAAACGGGUCAUCUGCCAGAAUCUUUUACCAGCCUUCUUCCCCUCUGUUUUUUACUGUCAGGCCCAUUAUCUUUCAAAGAGAAGCU